GAGAGAGAGAGAGAGAGAGAGAGAUUUCCACUGCUAGUACUGCAGCCACCAGCUACAAGAUAAUGGACAUUGUAAUUAUAUGUUGAUAAUAUCUAUAGAAGCCAUAAAUCGCCCUGAUCAAAGGAUUAUCAGAAAAUACCCUAGAAAGAAGUCUUUAUUUAUUGGAGUUGGGGGAGGGGAGAGAUCUAUACUGUAGUGAUACUAACAGCGGUAGUAUAGUAUAGAUCAAUGCUCCGGGCCAGGCAUUAACACCAACUUAAAAUACUUCAGUAGGGGUUCAAGAACUGGUAGAUUGUCCAGCCCAAACAAAGGGUUUAUUGUAAACCAGAUUAAGAGGUAAUUUAUGAGUGGACAUGUUCUAAGUCCUUGAGAAAUAAGUAUGAUGGAUUUCGUUGAUAAUGGGAUUAGGAGAUGAUACCACUUAGGUAAGGGGAAGUAACCCUGAUUUCUUUCUGUUGUUAAGGGUUUGUUUAAGGGGCUCAUUAUUGCACACUGACCACAAUCGUCAUAUUGAUAAAUCCAUGCUCUGUGUCCUUUGGUGAUGCCUUAGUCAGGAAAACUGAUAAGACAGCCCUUCAGAUAGAAAUAUCUCUAACAAGGACCCACUAGGGUACUUAUGUGAAGUGGCUGAUGAGUCAGUGGGGCAUCAUAACUGUACCUGACCCCUGGGGUUAGGCUCCCUCUAAUGAAGUCAAAUCCAGCUGUAGAGCAUGUCAAGUACACUCAGUAGUGUGAAAACUGCCCAGUGUAACUGACCAGUGUGACAUCACAAUCACUUAGCAGGCUAAUGAACACAGAGCCCAGAUUUAUUACUGUAACAUCAGCACCCCCUAUUUAGUGGACCUCUAGACAGCGUUAAGGCUUAAGAACAAGGGAGAUAAUUCACAGGUGAUGUUGAGGGAAUAAACAUGGAGGUGAUACCACAGACACAGUUCAUUCCCCUGUCAGAGAUUUUAUGCAUGGUCAUCCUUGACCUGAACAACAAGCAGGUGGUCGCGACCUUGGACAUAAUACAGGAGAGACUGAAUCAGUGUUACAAGGGCAUGCAGAUCCCCGCCCCUCCGGUCAUCUACGACACACUGGGCACACUCAUCAGAGAGAGGAAGAUCUUCCACACAGGAAGUGGAUAUUUUGUGGUGACAUCAGACACCUAUCGAAUGCCCGAGGACCCAACUAAAACCAUUCCUCUGUCAUGGCUUCAUUACAACCCUAAUUACAUACCAGUCCUGAACUCUAAUGCCAAGGGUCUGACCAGAACCAUUUCGUGCCAAGUGACUCUCGCCAACGAACCCCGCAAGGACGGGUCAGAAAAAAGUUCCAACCCAGACGAUAAAAUUGCAGAGAUGAGGCAGACACUUGAAAGAGAGGCUCUGGAUCGACAUCCAUUAGCAGACAAACCGAGAUUGGCCCGAAGUCUCAGUGCUAGAAGACCUCGGGAGAGAGUUCCGGCAAAGAAUGAGGAUCUCCGAGACUUCAGAAGGAGUCACUCAGUCAGACGACAGGACGAGAAAGAGAAGAAAGUGGUUCAGGAGGAGAGGAAAUCCACAGAGGAUAUAGCAGUGAGCAAGAAGAGCACCAGCAAAUCCAAAGACAAAGGUGAGAAAAAAUCCUUAUUAGCCAAAAUUUUUGGAAGGAAAAAGAAAAAGCCAGAAACAACUCCGAAGGAAGAACCAAAGAAAGUGGAGCAUGCAACAUUCUCUGACCAGUUUCCACCUCCGGAGUGGUCAUGGUACAAGGAACAAGUGGAGAAACAGCAUCGCAUCCACAAGUGGAUGCAAAAUGUUCCUCAUCAUCCACACAACUUCCACCACCAGAACUAUGAGCAGGUUCAUCAGAUCUACCAACAUCAUCCACACCACUCAGACUAUCAGACCAUGAGGUUCGGACACGGGCCAAUCAGAAGUGAUGCUAUCUAUGGAAGACAUCUUCCACCUCAACAGGAGAACCAUUACCAUGUUCCACCCAGAAUGAGGAUGAGGAACAACCCACCUCCUCCUAUGAAUGAUGAUUACGAAGAGAUUCAAGAUGUGGAUGCCAACAGCAGAUUUAGGUCCACCCUCCCUCAUCAUCAUCACCAUCCACAUGAAAUUGAGAACCUAAGGAGGAUGUCAGAUGGAAGACACACAAGGAGAAAAGAAAAAUCAAAAAGAAUGUCACUAGAUAGAAAAGUGGACUCAAAUUAUGAAAAUGUUCCAGUGUCUUCAAAAUACCACUCCCCAGCCUUUCCCUACCACACAGAGAGGAGUCCACAUACCCAUGAACACAAUCAGCAAAUUACUCAUCCCCAGCACAGUUCAACUCCACGUGUCACUGGCAUGUGGCAUCCGCACCACGAGUCACAUUACCCAGAAUUCCAUGCAGAAGAAAUCAUUCAGCAUCAGGGUACCGUCCAAAAAACCAAGAGAAAGUCACACCGCAAACAUGGACAAUCGAGUCACAGACAUGUUGAUGAGCGCCACAGACUUCCUGCCAAGAACACCUCUAUUUCAUUGUCUCAUGAUAGUGGUGUGAAUCUUAUUGGACUUCAUGCUGUGCAAUACAACCAUCCGCAUGACAUUCACCACAGGAGAAGAGUUCAGGAUGACAUGUCCAUUAGGAACAACCUUAGAAACGACCCAUACGACUCUUAUGAAGAUAUUCCCAACUACAACAAACACGAGGAUCGUCCAAACUACAACAAACAAGUGGUUUGUGAAGUAGAAAUUAAUAAAUCCCCAGAAAUAAGAACACGACCAAAUGAAUAUGUUUCCAUGGAGAUGGACUCCAAGACUGAGAAUCAGAAACAAAGAAACAGUUGUAAUUCAGAUAGUGCAUUAACUUUCAGUGAACAGAGUUGUGAGACAGUGGUGAAAAAGGAAGACAAGGACAUUGAAGACAUCACCAAGGAAACAUCGGAGAUUGUCCUUGGAGACAGUGGUUUCAGCUCACCGCGUGUCUGUGAUGAUAACUCUCCGGAAAUGGAGAAACAAAAAAUCAAAAGCAAAGUCAAGGAACUUGAGAAGGGAAGUCACUCUGACCUCUGUGACAAAAACGUGUACCAAAAAUCUGAUGACAGCUCUCCUGAAAUUCACGACAGCCGCUCAAGUGACAAGGAAAACCGAAUCAACAUGAUUAACAACUUAAAGCAAGCUCAUGGUGACUAUGGGGUCCUAACACAUGUCAAUCCAGUGAACGGCAAAAUACCCCUAUUCCCGCAAAACACAAUGAACCCACAGAUUCCAAGGAAAUUCAGUUUCAAGGAUGACUAUGGAUUCUUGUGAGCAAGGAGGAAAAAAAUUAUUAGACUGGAAAUUUCCACUUUUGGGAGGUGCAAUAUUAAAACAUUAACAGAAUACCUCAGUUUGCAUGAACGAAAUUGUUUUAAAUAUUUAUGUGUGUGUGCAGCCAUUGUCAUUGUUUUAUAGUGCUAUUUAUGUAAAUAAUUUUUUUAGUCAAUUUAGCAAUGAUUUCUGAGUUCUUUUACAAGAUUUUCUACAUUAAAUAAAUUAAAAAAUCA